CGCCCCGGUCCCCGUCUCUCACUCCUUCGGCAGAUUAUCCACGGAAUGAUCGACAUACAGCGCGAGAUUCGCAACGGACCCCGCGCCUCAAUCCGCACACUUCCCGAGUCCCGCGAGGCUCUAAAACACAUCUCAAACGCGUAAAGCCUGCUUUCUUUCUCUUCUUUGGAUGUUUUAUGGCGGUUAUCAGACCAGCUUAAAGCCUGCUUUAACGAGCGCGAUACAAAAUAACGCCACACAUUCUCCUACUGUCCGCGGUACUGUUACUUUUGAUUGGCAGAGUUUGCAGCCAAUCGAAGCGUGGCAUCGCCUGAGGAGUGUUGCUCAUUGAGCCAAUCGAAGGCGCGUGAGGGCGGGGCUUCCCGCAGUUUCCAAUCUUUGGAAAAGUUGUGCAAAACGGAAAUGGAAAAACAAACGGCGAAAUGCGCGAUUUCUUCUUCCCGGUCACUCUUGAGAUAUUUACUUACACGUCUGCAGUGUUGAAGAGCAGUGCUGCUGGUGACAAACCGAGAACAGAGUGAACUUAAUGAGUCGUUCAGGACGUUCCUUUAUUAAUCGUCGCGGUGGGAUCGUUUAAUCUGCUCACGUUAAAUGCAUGGGCUUGUGAUCGCACGUGCUGCGUGUGGAGAUGUUUGUAUGGAGCGCGCUGCUGUUGGUCGCGCGAGCUCUUGUCAUUAAUGCAGCAUUAUCCAUUGAUCAUCAGCGCAGAAAAGAGAUGAGGCGCGGUAUCAGUUCUUCACAGCAAUACCCAAAGGACGUCAUCUCAGGCCACGCCCCAUACACCUUAUUUGGUCAGUGGGCGGGGCAGAGAAGCGCCAGGCAUGCUUCACAGCGGAGCGAGACGAAGCCUUCAGCGUUUGGAGUCUCCUUCCACAAGUGCGCUCAGGUGGACUCGGCGGGCAGUGUGUCUGCGCAGGUGCAGGUGCGUCUCGAGGUCAGUAACCCGCAGGAGGGUCGUGACCUUUCGCAGCUCUGCAUCCGUGACUCUGUGUCUGGGGUCACUCUGCUGCAGACCAAUGGCAGCGUCCAGGAGAGAGGUUUCCAGACCUUCAGCGCCGACUCACUGCACGCUGGCUCUCAGUAUGUGGUUUCGUACAGGAUGAGUGUGAAAGGAAACAGAGACUCUGAACUCUCAACAGAGAUUCUCAAUCUCCCAGCGUUUCUGACCUUCUCCAACGCCACUCAGAAUGAUAUUCAUCUGUUUGGUCCAGUGAUUGCCAAUUUCACUGUGAGGAUAAACACAACUGAACAGGCUGGUGCGGAUCGCUCUCUUCUCCUCGUGGGAUUCAUGGUCUCAUUUCUCCUGACGCUCCUGUUGGCGUCUCUGGGUGUGGUCAGUGUGAAGUACCUGCGGCGCAGACGACUGCAGAGCUGCGCUCCACACACGAGACGCAGCAUCAACGAAGAGGCGGGGCCAUAUGAGUGUGACAUCACUGCUGCAGCCAAUGAGGAGGCAGCAUUUGAGGAUAAGUUUGUGGAUAUUGUGAUGUUGGAAGAUCCACAAAACAUGAUUCAAGUGCUUGACAGUCUGCAGGUGUCGAGUGUGUUGCGUGCGGCGGUGUGGGUGGAGCGAGUGCGGGUACAGAUGUUUAAGGGGCUGCUGUCUGUGUUGCUGGCGGGUGUUCGGGCGGCGGGGCAUCUGAGUGAUCCGGGCGAGAGGCGUGUUUUGGGGGUCAUUAAUGGGCAGAUCGUGGGCAUGGAAGGGAAAGUCCAGGAGGAGCAUAUGGCGCGGAUGGCAGCGCUCGCCGCUCAGUGUAACCUGGAGACGCAGGAGGAGAUGGAAACACAGCAGCACAAACACAUGAGCGAAACGGCACACGCAGAACGACUGUUCCAGCACGCGCCGCUACCGCAGGACGUGCUGGAGGCUCGUUCUCUACUGGAGAAGCUGCAUAAGGAAGAGCUGAAGCGUCUGCAGAAGCGGCUCCUAGUCAGGCAUGAACACGCAUCUGCGCAGGCACACAGGCAGCAGGCGCUGAGGCGGCGCUUUGAGCUGCACAAGAUCUUCGGUGAGGAGCUGGAGGAGGCCGCUCGGACCGGAGAGCUGGAGAAAAGCACCGCAGACAAACUCUUGUUGCAGUACUACAGCCGUCAGGACGCUCUGGAGGAGGUGCUUGAUGUACUUCUGGCCAAUCAGAGAGCACUGCUGGCCGAGCGACACGUGCAGCGCCGCUUCCUGCUGCAGAGUUUCCAGAGUCUUCAGGCCGUGACUACUGAGGCAUUCAGCAGCAGCGCUCGACGCAUCAGAGAUGCACAAACACACGGGGAGUGUGGUUUCUCUCAACAGUGUUCCGAUGUUCAUUUGGAGAUUCUGCGGGUAAAACAGAAUUUAGAAGAAAGUGUGACUCGUGAGCGAAGCACCAUCCGCUGUGACAUCAUCAAGAAGAGACGGCAGUUGCUGUCUGAGAAGGUGUGUGAACACUGGCAUCAGCUGCAGGCUGCGAGCACUUCCUGUGACAUCACGGUGGAUCAGUACCUGCAGAAAUGGAAAGAAAUACUGAUAUACCAGAGCAAUGAACUAUCAGAACUCCUCAAUCACCUGGAUGAAGAGACAGCAGGCAGGACACGCAAGAUGUGUCUGUGUUUGCUGCAGAGUUCACUGGCGGAGCUGAAGGCACAUGCGUCUGCACGGUGUCCAGGAUCCGCGCAGCUGCUGCCGCAGACGGAGGAGAUUCAGGAGCGUCUGCAGCGUCUGGGGAAAGCGGCGGCCCGCGAGCUGCGAUCUGUUCAGAGCUGCAUCCGACAGCAGCAGCAGCAGGAGCUUCAGCAGCAGCGGAGCAUCAGAGACGCCUUCAGAGAAUACUGCAGCUGUGUGUGUGCGUGUCUGCGCUCUCUCUCGCGUGAGCAGAGUCUGCGUCUGCAGCUGGAGUGUGUGAAGGCUGCGUGUCGUCUGGAUCGCUGUCUCGCUCUUCCACACGUGGUCUGUGAGUUCAAACGGCACGACGCUGACCCCACUGUGACCCCCGAUGACCCCGCUGCGGCCCCUACAGAUGAGGAGACGGAGAGGUCAGAGGUCACAGAGCAGCAGUGUUUCCAGAGGCGUCUGCAGGAGCGACUCCAGAAGAGUGACACACAGAGCGACGCGCUGCAGGGGGCGUGGCACGAGGCGUGUGUGUUUCAGGAGCAGCAGCUGCAUGUGUGUCAGGAGUGUGUGGCAGUGUUUGUGGCGUCGCUGCAGUGGGAACAUGCGGAGAAGAAAACAAAAGCGACGGAGACACACACAGCCCUGCUGCAACUACAAACACUCCUCAGACCAGAGAUACACGACACUGACAUCACACACACCGUCAACACACACCGCCUGGCUCUUGAGGAGGCGGAGCUCCGGCUCCAACAGGAGGAGCUGAAGUGGGAGGAGUCAGUGAAUGGGCGGGGCUGUUCGAGCUCAGAUGAUGAAGAGGAGGAUGUGUUUAUGGUGGACGGUGGAGUUGCUGCUGUCCUGCAGGAGGCGCUCUUCAGGAGGCAGUGUUUGACUGACAGAGUGCUGUGGAGGAAUCAGACACUGGAGCAUCAGAAAGAUCAACUUCAGCUGAAGAGACUGCAGACGUACUGCGAGCAGGAUCUGGAGUUUACAGCAGCGUUGAUCAAAAAGUCUCUGAUGUCUGUUCCUGAUCUCCACAAAGUCCUGCGGCCUGCUUCCUACAGUACCUGAAGGAGAACUGCUGUCGCUCGUAGACGCACUAGGACCCAGAGCAGGGGAAUCAGGAAGCUGCUCGUCUCUGGCAGACCGACUGAGACACGAUGUGCUGAGCAGAAAUCUUUCUGACACUCCUCAGCACAGAGACAGAGACGGAGACAGGUUCCUCAAGAAGCGUCAGAAGCUCCUCGACAAGCUGUUGUCCGGAGCUGGAGGUUCUGGAGUCGCUGAAGAGACUCAGCGUAGACGCCGCCACAGAAGAGAACUUCCUGUGCCAGAACCUUCUGAGGAGACGGAGGCGGGGCCUGAGACGAGGGCCGGUGAGGAGGCGUGGCCUGAGGGUGUUGCUGCUGUUGAGGGGGCGUGGCCUGCAGGCCUGGCUCAGGACAGUCUCGUCCCUACGUGGGAUGGUAGUGAAGGGGUGUGUCCUGGGGGUGUGGCUGCAGCCGAGGGGGCGUGGUCUGUGGGUGUGGCUCAGGACAGUCUCAUGUCUGCGGAGCGGCUGUUUGUUUUCCGCUGCGUUCCUCCUGCAGCGCAGCAGCACACGCAAACAUCUCACUCACGUAAGAAACGCAACUUCCUGAACUUCAAGAAGAGCAGUGUGGCUCCGCAGCCAAACAUGUGACACUGCAUUGCAAAGCAUCAUGGGAAUGUCAUUAUGAGUCUUUUGUGUAUCUAUUGUUGUUUUAUCAUGGGCGGGUCUGCCGAGAGCUGAUUGGUUGCUUCAGCCGUCCAGUGACAUCAUCCAGAUGUGUGUGUUUUUCCUUCACAAACACUCACUCAACUGAUCAGGUCAGAUGAU